GAGCUGUGGGAGGUGGCGCGGAUGGUGAGAGGAGCCGCCCGGCAGCGCCUGCCCCGCACCGGCCCGGCCUCCAGAGCUCCAGGCCCAGCGGAGGAGCCCUGCCGCAAGAGGAAGCUCAGGACUGAGUUUGCCCUAAAAGAAAUCAUGUCAUCAGGAGGAGCUGAAGAUGAUAUUCCUCAAGCAGAGAGGAAAACAGUGACAGACUUUUGCUACUUAUUGGAUAAAUCUAAACAGCUAUUCAAUGGCUUAAGGGAUUUACCUCAGUAUGGGCAAAAGCAGUGGCAGUCCUAUUUUGGGCGAACAUUUGAUGUUUACACCAAACUCUGGAAGUUUCAACAGCAGCAUCGACAAGUAUUGGACAAUCGGUAUGGGUUGAAGCGGUGGCAAAUUGGGGAAAUUGCUUCCAAGAUUGGGCAGCUCUAUUACCAUUAUUACUUGCGUACUUCAGAAACCAGCUAUCUCAAUGAAGCUUUCUCCUUCUAUUCAGCAAUUAGGCAGAGGUCAUACUACUCCCAAGUCAACAAAGAAGACAGGCCUGAAUUAGUAGUUAAGAAGCUGCGUUACUAUGCAAGGUUUAUAGUGGUUUGUCUCUUGCUCAACAAAAUGGAUGUUGUGAAGGACCUUGUAAAGGAGCUGUCAGAUGAAAUUGAAGACUACACACACCGUUUUAAUACGGAAGAUCAGGUGGAGUGGAACCUGGUUCUUCAGGAAGUGGCAGCAUUUAUUGAGGCAGACCCUGUCAUGGUUUUAAAUGAUGACAACACCAUUGUAAUCACCUCUAACAGGCUUUCUGAAACAGGAGCUCCGUUGCUAGAGCAGGGAAUGAUAGUGGGACAGCUUGCUCUUGCAGAUGCGCUGAUUAUUGGGAACUGCAACAACCAGGUCAAGUUCAGUGAAUUAACAAUUGACAUGUUCCGAAUGCUACAAGCUCUUGAAAGGGAACCAAUGAAUUUAGCAUCACAAAUGAACAAACCUGGAAUGCAGGAGUCGACAGAGAAGCCAGCCAGGCGGGAAAACCCCCAUAAAUAUCUACUUUAUAAACCAACUUUUAGCCAGCUGUAUACCUUUCUAGCAGCAUCAUUUAAGGAGCUGCCUGCAAACAGUGUACUGCUGAUAUACUUGUCUGCCACGGGCGUGUUUCCAUCAGGUCGUUCGGAUAGUGAAGGUCCAUAUGAUUUUGGUGGUGUUCUGACAAACAGUAACAGGGACAUCAUCAAUGGGGAUGCUAUCCAUAAGCGAAACCAGUCUUACAAGGAGAUGCACUGUCUUCACCCUGGAGAUCUCUACCCUUUCACCAGAAAGCCCCUGUUUAUCAUUGUGGACUCUUCAAACAGUGUCGCCUAUAAGAAUUUCACAAACUUAUUUGGACAACCAUUGGUGUGCUUGCUGUCUCCAACAGCAUAUCCAAAAGCAUUACAAGAUCAGUCUCAGCGGGGUAGCCUCUUCACACUCUUUCUGAACAAUCCUUUAAUGGCAUUCCUAUUUGUCUCUGGAUUAUCAAGCAUGCGCAGAGGACUGUGGGAGAAGUGUCAAGAUUACCUUAGAAAAAUCAACAGAGACAUUGCCCAGCUGCUGACCCACUCCCGGUCCAUAGAUCAGUCCUUUCUUCAGUUUUUUGGGGAUGAAUUUCUUCGCUUGCUCCUAACAAGAUUUAUCUUCUGUUCAGCUACUAUGAGGAUGCACAAAAUUUUCCGGCAGGAGACUCGAAAUUACCCAGAAUCUUAUCCUCAGCUGCCAAGAGAUGAAACGGUGGAGAACCCUCACCUCCAAAAGCACAUUUUGGAGCUGGCUUCCAUACUGGAUGUUAGGAAUGUUUUCCUGGAAAACACCCUCGAUGACUAUUAAAAGAAACUGUUUUACUGCAAAGGGGAUUCCCUGGCCACAGAUUUUGAAUGGUGCAGUUUUAUAAUGUGAAAAUCAUAAAAGGAAGUACUUGAUUUUAUUUUUAAAUUUAGGACCAUUAUUUUAAAAAGUAAUUACAAAACAGCUGUUGGUUUAGCUGUUCCAUUCUGUAUGGGGUCAAUUUUAUAAGCAGAAGUUUUCACGUCUUUUAAAUGUUAAACUAAAGAAACACUAGAGAUUUAUUUCUGGUCUUGUGGCUAUCAGCCACAUUUCCAGCAGCUGAUCCUAAGCAUAGAAAUAUUAUUGGUUACCUUUAGCCCACAUUUGUGGAAAUCCUUUAUUUUUAUACAAUUAAAAAAAAAUUGGAAAAAAUCCAAUAGAAAAUCAAUAUUUUAUCCCCCAAAGAGUAUGGAUUUGAAAUGGCAAAGAUGAAACCACACAGUGCAAACCAGCAAUAGCAAUAAAGCAGAGACCUUCAUAGCAAAUAUAUUUUUUCAGUGUUGGGCAAGUAAGUAGAUAAAAAAUGUGAACAGUUCAGUUGCUUUUGGAGCAGUGGGUUUGAAGUGAGGUUAUAAAGAUACUUAAUGCUCCCUAUCAAUUUGACACAGCAAUUUUAUAUAAAAACUUUUUACUGCUGGCCAAAGACACAGUUCCCAUUCUGCCUGACUGGGGAGGUGGUGAGCAGAUUAACAAAUUACAAAGCUAAGAAAGCUACCCCCCCAUCUCACUGUAAAAUCAGUCAUCUUGCCAUUUGUACUGCUGCCACAAUUUUCCAGAAGGAGGGGGAAUUCUUCAUUUUGAGGUACUAAAUAGAAGUUCUUACAUUUCCAGCAGGUGCUAUCCAUCCUUUCUGUGUGGUUGGAACGUGUGGCUCUCAUGGUGUUACCAGUCCCUCACAGGAGCUUAAAGAAUGUCCCAUACAGUGCUAAAUACAAGUCCUUCCUAUCACUUAUUUAUCUGACCUUCUGUGCUGGAUCUCUGUACCCUAGGAGAGAAGAGGUGCCACUCUGGCAGGUCAAGGCAGAUGCUGCCAUAAAGCCCUGUUAAUGUUUUUGCAUGCCCACCAGUGCAUCUCAGUCCUGUCUUUGAACCAGUAAAACAGAGGGGCAGUAAUGGUGUGUGGCAGCCCAUAAUGCUCAGCCUGGGCAUGUGAGGGAGUGCAGUGGCCUUUGGAAAGGUUGGAAACCUGGAUAAGGUUGUUCUGACUGCUGGGAACUGUGCUUGCUGACUCACUUGAACUGUGCUGCCAUCCCUGCAGAGCUAGGGGAUCUUUGGCACUUCCUAUCAGUGAAGGUGUGAGCAAGAGAAGGAAACAAAGAUAUUUUAAUCUAUUAAAUGAAAAAAAUCCAUUCUCACUGUUCAUAGGCUGCUAGAAAAGAAGUGAAAGGACAAGCUAGGGAGAGCACGGUACAGAACAUCAGGAAUUGCUGGAGGUAGCUGGGAGGUUGGCAUGAAGGUUCUUCAUAGCUGGGCUGAAGCUUAUGCCAUGCAUUCUUUAAUUUUCCAAGUGUAAAAAUUUCUGUGAAUGCUAGUGUUUGUUUUAAGCAGUCUUGAAGCUGGUUUAUUGAGCCCCCACCACUUGGUGCUGCUCUUCUUUGGACUGUGGCAGGACUUUGUUACCUGGGAUGUGGAGUUUAUUUUAAUGAGUGUGUGUUUGUGUGCAUGUGUAUUCUAGGCGUUUGUGUGUAUAUGUCAAUAUGCAUACAUCUACUGGCUGGUGUAAAUUGUAAAUAUGUAUAUAUGUACAGGUACUUGUAUAUGUAUUAAAAAGAAUGAAAC